AUGGCUUCCCACCACGAUUACUCUUCGCAGUUGGCGCGGACGUAUACGCGGGGGCAUCCCAUUGCAAACCCCCAACCUGGAAUCGGGAAGGAUGGACAGACGUUGCGCCCCAUUGGGAUCGGGGACGUCGGAUACAUCUCACAUGUCCACGGGAACUUCAUCCGAAUGUUUAACGUACACCUGGAACCUGGUGUUGACGGGCAACCUGGGUUGGACGACCUUCCCGAUGGAUUCGAACCUCUAUCUCGAGGGCAAAUGUCGCUCAGCUAUGACAAGACGCCCAUAUUCAAUUCCCAAGGCGUCUCUGCUAGCGGUAUCAAGGCUGGUGCUUCUGGUCCAUUCUUAGAAGGUUCGAUCGUCUUUGGCACCUUGAGCGAGCGCGGCGCAAUUCUGGCCACUCCCGAUCUCAUUGAAUGCCACGACGCCCAGAACAUCCUCAGUUACAAAUCCUACACGAAGGAACACGUCGAGCGCUGGCUGCACUUUGCGGUGCACAAGCUCGGCCUGGAGAUCGCUCUCGAGGACGUGAUUCUUGUCACCGGCGUCGACCUCACUACGUCUUGGGCAACUGCCACCUUCAGUGGCGUGCAUCUGGACGCCAGCUUCGGCCUCGAAGUACAAAUCGCCGACACUGGUGAACAGCUUGCCUCUCAGUUCUCGUGGAAGCACGCGCAAGGAGCAUCAGUCAAUUUCGGCCCUACGACUAUGCAUCCACGAUCACAAGCUACUGCGGGAACGGACACCCCGCGCGAUCCGCUCAACACCAAUUGCAAUCAGUCCCUCUUCAUCCGGCAUAUCCGCGCAAAACGUCGCCCACGCUGGCUUGGUCUCAAGCUGAAGACGAACGGCAAGAUUCACGAAGAUGGCGACUGCAACGACGGCUCAAGUGGAGAUCUGGAUAACGAUGGUUUGGACCUCAUAAACUCCCCGGAGCCUCGCAAGUUUACCAAUCAUCUGGACCUGAUACUGGAUUACAUACUCGAGCGUUCCAAUUCCAAGAUAGCUAUCGCACAUGAUGAGGAUCUCGCGCUAUUAUCUUCACCAAGGGCGAACCCAAUGGUGGACAUUUCUGAAGGAUUCGGAAUGUUGCGACGGCCAUCCUCUCCGCAAACAGCAUCGACGACUCAUUUAGGACGGGCGAAUAUGAUACCCUCGUCAUCGUUGAAGACGAUGCGAAACAACAACGGCCCGCCGUCCGGCAUUACAGAGCACGCUUCUUCGCCGCUCCCGAUCUCUUUACGGACAAGUCAUCAGCCCCAGCCCAGCGGUUGCCGUUACGCAAAACAUGGAGAACAACAUGACGUCUCGCCGAUGAUCGACCUGUCCCAGAUGCCUUUGGGAGUGCAAGGGCGACCAGCAAGUGUUUCUCAACAUAUGCUCAUCCACGGUUACAUCGCUACGACGUUUGGGACAUACGGCGAGAAGGCUUACUGCGCGAUCAUCAAGUGUGGGCUGGAGCAGAUACCGCUCAUGUUCUCGAUGCCGGGCUGUACUGGCGUCUACACUGUUCCUCAGAAUGCCCUACCGCAUCUCCCGCAGGGGCUGCAGUCGGCAGAUGGCACACCUGCCGUCCUGCUUGACCGUAUCAUCGACCAGACGCGCGGACCCGUUGUUCCCCAAGAGGUCUGGAUGCCGAAGAGCCCGCGCGUGUACGAUCAACAUGUCUUGAGGGCGGUGCUGCGCCCGCCAAUAUUUUUCGUGCAGACCGACGGGAGCGUGGGCAUACCACUCUCACAAAUUAUCUUAGGCAACAUUGCGGUUCACAACCCAACCACACCAGUAGACGUCGGCCGCAGUUCGAUCCAUCUGCGCAUCAAGAUACAGGGUUAUGUUGACCGCAAAAGGCAGUGGCAAACGCAGGAAAGCGGUCAGUGGAUACAACUACGACGCCUGAUCGGUCACGUAGGACGCGGUGUGGACAAAUAUCUCAGGGAAGCUGAAUGUGAUCCCGAACAGCCCGUACCUCGAAUCCGCAUAGGUGAAGGUGGUAUUGCGACUGUGAAUGUCGUUGUUGUAGGAGUGGUGCACAUCCAGGGAGGCCCGUGA